ACAUAAACAACUGAAGCCCAGAAAGUAGCCCGUUAAAAACAUGAUUACUAGGGUUUAUCUCUCUCUUUCUUCUUCACACUCUCUCUGUAUCAACAUCAGAGAGGCGAAAUAGCCGAAACCCUAGUUUCUUCUUCAUCCUAACUGCAAAAAUGGGUAUUUCUCGUGAUUCUAUGCACAAGAGGCGUGCCACUGGUGGCAAGAAGAAGGCAUGGAGGAAGAAGAGAAAGUACGAGCUCGGGAGGCAGCCUGCUAACACAAAGCUUUCGAGCAACAAGACAGUUAGGAGGGUUAGGGUUCGAGGUGGUAAUGUCAAGUGGCGCGCACUGAGGUUGGACACUGGCAAUUUCUCAUGGGGUAGCGAGGCCGUGACUCGCAAGACCCGUCUCUUAGAUGUUGUUUACAAUGCAUCCAACAAUGAGUUGGUGAGGACACAGACUUUGGUGAAAAGUGCCAUUGUCCAGGUUGAUGCUGCACCAUUUAAGCAAUGGUAUCUCCAGCAUUAUGGAGUUGACGUUGGACGCAAGAAGAAGGCUGCUGCUGCUGCCAAGAAAGAAACUGAGGAAGGUGAGACUACAGAGGAAGCUAAAAAGAGCAACCAUGUUGCAAGAAAGCUGGAGAAACGUCAGCAGAAUCGCACUUUAGAUGCCCACAUUGAAGAACAAUUUGGUGGUGGUCGUUUGCUAGCUUGCAUUUCAUCCCGCCCUGGUCAAUGUGGCCGCGCUGAUGGAUACAUCCUAGAAGGCAAAGAGCUCGAAUUUUACAUGAAGAAAAUCCAGAGGAAGAAGGGAAAGGCAGCUGCUUAAUUUUUUUUUGCUGUAGAAUCAUAGGCAGAGUUAUGAAUUUUGUUUCUUUUUCUAUCAUCAAUUACUAUUUACUGUGGGAUUGGACCUAGUCUUGUUGAGAUUUAAAUCCAUGGUAUUCGCCAAAGUGUUUUUGUAACUGUAAUGUGACUAUGUGUUUUCUAUGUUGCCUCUAGUCAAAGAACUCUGGAUCUGAUUUCUCGCCCCA